AAGGAAUGCUGGGUAAUAUGGGAGUUUACUUCCUCUGAGAAUCUUAUUGAAGUUUGUGCUGAUUAUUUUUGUUUUUCAACAUGCCUGCUUAUCAUUCGAGUUURGAAGCGAGUUUGUCGAUUGGCAAUAUGGCGCUGCUUCCAGUCAAUACGAACUUCAAGGGCCCAGCUCCUCCUGGUCCUCAAAGUGGACCAGAUAUCAUAGAUGAAGCUUUGUACUAUUUUAAAGCUAAYGUUUUCUUCAAAACAUAUGAAAUUAAGAGUGAAGCAGACAGAGUCCUUAUCUACCUCACUCUCUAUAUUACUGAAUGUUUGAAAAAACUCCAAAAGGUUCAAGGCAAAGAACAAGCUAAAAAAGACAUGAAAAACCUUGCAAUAAGCAACUUUGAUUUGCCUGGAGAUGCACGAUUCCCUUUGAAUGCCAUGUAUCAAAAACCUUCAAGCAAACAAGACGCAGAUCAAAUGAGAGCAUACCUCUUACAAUUGAGACAAGAGCUAGGACAGCGACUUGUUGAAAAAGUUUUUGACCCRCAAACUGAGAGACCAUCAAAGUGGUGGAUGUGUUUUGUUAAGAGAAAAUUCAUGGAUAAGAGCUUAUCAGGCCCAGGCCAGUGAAAAGUACACAGGAAUUCCAAAGCAUUAUUAAAAGUAAUUAAAGCAGUCAAGAUCUAAAUGUGCCAGAUUAAUUUGUACAUUUGAUAAAUUUUUUUGCCAAUCAAUGUAUUAAAGGUAUGUUUUUAAUAAAAGAUAGUUGAAGUAUA